CAUAUGCUUGUGGCUGAUACAAGAGAUCAUCCUUCAUUCCCAACAGAAGGAUCAUUAUUCAAGUUAACCCAGGAACUUGCAGGCCUUGGUGGUGAUGUCCAGUUUUUAAAAAAUAAUAUUGAAACACAGAAAAAUGUUGAAAUACGUGAGGAUGUUGUUCUCUCAUGCUCAGCACAAGGUGGUAUAAUGAAUGCGCCGCCCAACACGAGAACAAGAAUUAAUGACAGGUUUUUCCUUGGUGGUCCUUUGUCUGUUAGAGGUUUUCACAUGAAGGGCAUAGGACCAAGAGACAGAAUGGAUUCUCUAGGUGCAGAGGCAUACUGGUCAGUAGGCCUACAUCUCUACACACCACUACCAUUCAGACCUGCCCAAGGAAGUUUUGGUGAUCACAUAAAAACACAUGUGUUCGUUAAUGCAGGAAAUCUUGUAUCAAUAGACUCUUCGUUACCAUGGAAACAGCAGUUAAAUCCUUUAGUGCAAAAUACUCGUUGGUCGUGUGGCGUAGGUCUGGUGUUAUUACUGGGCAUUGCACGACUAGAAUUGAAUUACUGUUUACCAAGAGGGUACCAACGGACUGAUAGGAUUAACCGUGGAUUACAAUUUGGUCUUGGAGUGAAUUUUUUAUAACACUUAGUUAAUAUAUGACUGUUGUGUUUCCUAAUGCAACCGUGUAGAAAAAUCAUCUUAGGGAAACAUAAAAAUUUAACUAAGACAGGAUAGGAAAAGAAUGAUAUUGUUUUGUCACAAUCAUUUACAAGUCAUAAAUACUGUAAGGAUUUUAUACAUAGUUAACACGGAUUGUGGGAACAGAAAAAUAAAUACGAAAUAGAAAAA